CUUGCUGAAGUAGGUGCCGUUGCUGCAGAGCGCUAGUGUUUUGGAACUGGUACUCCGUGACUUUUCUACCUUGCUUUACAUACCCAGUUUCUGCGCAUGAUUAGCAGUCACAGCAGCAAAAGCGUGCUUUGGAUUAAUGGCUUUUCUGCAAGACCACGGGUAGAGCGAGAGCGGCAUGCGAGACGCUAAGCAUGAUGCUGCGUGGUUCCAAAAAGGCGCUAGCGACAAAUCAAGUUCUCGGAUUUUUCCUUGAGCACUCGCGGUACAAUUAGGUGCUUUGCACCGUAGGGGAUGUAUUAAGAAGAGCGGCCGACCCUUAGCACUACCGGGGUCGGUUGCCGCACGGUGCGCGAAUUCGUCGAACUCGCUCCCUCAAAGUGAGAAAACGUGACGGCGUUAAGUACUGAUCAGCAAAGGAUAUGAGUGCUGCAGACAGUUUGCGCCUCCUUCAUGUGCCCAGUGCUUGACAACGCCCAUUAUUAGCAGCGUUGCUUGACAAGAUCCAUCUUUCGUAGCGUACCUAGUGCUAUGAUGUGAUUGCUGUGACUGCUAGUUUUUUGCCUUCGUGGAAAGUAAUUUGUUAUGUCGUGUACUCACGCAGUUGUCCUGCUUACGAACAACCCAAAUGAUCCAUCACUUUCAGGCACAGCGGUACCAGAGCGGGGCGAUGCGGUUCAAUCUGUUAAUGGGUUUUGAAGUUUUUCUUGUUCGGGUUUUUUAGGGAAUCUGUACUGAGUAAUUUUCUUUUCUUCGUACGAGUUUGGUUCUUAAACAGCAACAGCAGCAGCAAUACUUUUUUUCGAAAGUUUAAUGUACAUUGUUCCAUGAAAGUUUAUCAAUUCAGUUAUCGGGUAUCAAGUAGCUUCAGCGCCUUCAUCAGAGAAACGACUUCAGAGCUUCAUCAUCCGGAGAAAAGACGAAGGAUAGUGAAACUGUCAAAGGGGCGUUGCAGUUUUAUCGAAAUUGCAAGCUUAGGAUCAGUGUGAACAUCUUGUCGGACCUGUUGGAAUUUGCUAACAUAUUUCACAAAUUGCAAAAACAC